GGUGCGCUGUAACUUCAUGUACGGGGAGCUCACCGACAAAGACACCAUCACGCGCUUCGAGCAGUGCCUCGAGAACCAGCAGCAAGACCAGUUCGAGAUUCUCCUCUACAAGAAAAAUCACAGCGGACCUCCAGGAACGCCACUAUGGCUGCUCCUACACAUCGCGCCCAUCAAGAACGAGAAGGACAUCGUGGUGCUGUUCCUGUGCACCUUCAGGGACAUCACGGCACUCAAACAGCCUAUCGAGGCCGAGGAUCCCAGAGCCUCCCUCAGCAAGUUCGCGAAGCUGGCUCGGUCUGUGACGCGCAGUCGCUCGGUGCUAGUGUCUCAGUUCUCGUCGCAUAUGCCUGUCAUAAAAGACGUUACCAAGCAGUCCAACAUCGCACAUAUGAUGAGUCUGAACAGCGAUGUGAUGCCGCAAUACCGACAAGAGGCUCCCAAAACUCCACCCCAUAUACUGCUUCACUAUUGUGCCUUCAAGUCAAUAUGGGACUGGGUGAUCCUAUGCUUGACUUUCUACACAGCGAUCAUGGUUCCAUACAACGUCGCCUUCAGAUACAAGACGUCGGAAGACGUCUCUUUAUUAGUCGUAGAUUCAAUAGUGGACGUGAUAUUUUUUAUUGAUAUCGUAUUGAACUUCCACACAACGUUCGUUGGUCCCGGCGGCGAAGUCGUGUCUGACCCUAAAAUCAUACGUAUGAACUACCUCAAGUCGUGGUUCGUGAUAGACUUGUUGUCGUGCUUACCUUACGACGUCUUCAAUGCCUUCGAUCACGACGAAGAUGGGAUAGGUUCUCUGUUCUCAGCCCUGAAGGUGGUGCGGUUGCUAAGACUCGGCCGCGUGGUACGCAAGCUGGACCGCUACCUCGAGUACGGCGCAGCGAUGCUGUUCUUGCUGCUGUGCUUCUACAUGCUUGUGGCUCACUGGCUUGCCUGCAUCUGGUACAGCAUAGGUAAUAGCGAUGCAAACAACGGCAUCCAAUAUUCGUGGCUUUGGAAGCUCGCGAACAUCACACAGACGCCGUUCAGCUACAACAAUUCGACGUUCGAGCUCACGGACGGACCGAGCAAGAAGACGAUGUACUUAACGUCGUUGUACUUCACGAUGACGUGCAUGACGUCUGUUGGCUUCGGUAACGUCGCUGCCGAGACUGAUAACGAGAAAAUCUUUACCAUCUGCAUGAUGAUCAUUGCAGCGCUGUUGUACGCGACGAUCUUUGGCCACGUGACGACCAUCAUCCAGCAGAUGACAUCAGCCACAGCCAAGUAUCACGAGAUGCUUAACAACGUACGAGAGUUUAUGAAGCUACACGAGGUGCCCAAAGCGCUGUCGGAACGGGUCAUGGAUUAUGUGGUAUCUACGUGGGCCAUGACCAAAGGAAUAGACACCAACAAGGUAGAGAAUGAGGUGCUGAACUACUGCCCGAAGGACAUGAAGGCGGACAUUUGUGUGCACCUCAACAGGAAAGUCUUCAACGAGCACCCGGCCUUCAGACUAGCCUCGGACGGCUGCCUUCGUGCCCUCGCCAUGCACUUCACCAUGAGUCACUCGGCACCAGGAGAUCUCCUGUUCCAUACGGGAGAGUCCCUAGACAUCCUGAGCUUCAUCGUGACGGGAUCGCUGGAAGUGAUCCAGGACGACGAGGUCGUCGCCAUAUUGGGUAAAGGAGACGUCUUCGGUGAUACGUUCUGGAAGAGUCCCACGGUGGGACAGAGUGCGGCAAACGUGCGGGCGCUUACGUAUUGCGACCUUCACGCCAUCAAGCGCGAGAAGCUCCUUGAAGUACUGGACUUCUACCACGCCUUCGCUAACUCCUUCGCCAGGAACCUGGUGCUUACCUACAACCUCAGGAACAGGUUAAUAUUCCGUAAGGUGAGCGACAUGAAGCGCGAGAAGGAGCUCGCUGAGCGCCGCAAGAACGAUCCUCAGCCUGAGCUCAGCAACGACCAUCUCGUCAGGAAGAUCUUCUCCAGGUUCCGUAAGGACAAGACCGGGCAGCCGACGACGCCCAGCAGUGCUGACGCCCCAGACCUGCUCUCCGGUGAGGGCGUCGGAGGGCUGCUGACCGCCCCCGGGGCCAAGGAUGUGGAGAAGGGCGCCGCGGACAAGGAGAAGUUCGAGGGCGAGAUUGUAGCUACCUCUUCAGAUGCCCUUAAGGUAGUAAAAAUGCCUCCGGCGAGAAUGAACAACGUCUGUGAAACGAACGGUCCGAGGAAAUGGAAGAAUAUUUUCGGAAGAGAAGGAGAAGAAGACGGCCAAACCAAGGAAGAAACUGUCUUAAAAAGACCGGAAUCGAAGUUGAAAUCGCUGGUCAACAAACACAGUGCCGGCCCCAUUGCGAGGGAUUCGGAAUCGCGAAUCCUUCUGAAGAAAAUAGAUUCGUCGGAUUCGGGCGUCGGGCGUGAGGCGAUAAAGGCCCCUGAGAAGCGACCGUUGGGGAGCGACUCCGACCUCAAGGGAGGCACGCAACCUCCACCACAGCCCUCCCCUCCCCUCACCAUCUCCGACACCCAACAGAUCAUUGCUAACCUCAUGGAUUUCAAAAUCGACCUCAAACUCGAACUACAAAGACUCAACCAGAAGAUCUCGAGACUAGAGGAGCGCGUGAACGACGUGGCGGCGCGAGUGAACACCCCCACGCCUCGGUCCACGUCCCAUCCUUCGAACUUGAGAGGCGGAUCUCAUGACGAGGUAUACCCGAGUUCCCGACACCACAGACGAAGUCCCGCAACUGCGAGCCGAAACAACAGCGCCGAAAGACUCCACUCGAGCACAGAUGCCUUAGAUCGUCAGUCUAGAGCAGUCCAGCAUCAUUCAUCAGCACUAAGCAUCCAUUCUCCUAGAACUCCGAGCCAAGAAGAAGCUCGACGACAAAGAAGAAAGGAAAAGUCCCGAUCCAAAAGUGGAUCCAAUAAGGGAUCCGGAGACGCCGCAGAACCUUCCCCAGGAUCGGAUUCUUUAGUGAGAGGGAUGCUUGAAGACGAGAUAACCGAACAAGAUAUCGCGGCGAGACGAGAACGAAUAAGAGGUCCACCGCGGUCUAAAUCUAAAGAUAAUCUAUGAGAAGAAAUGAAGCCUAAGACCUUCCGGGCUCGGUCAAAUACCGUCGCUGAGUUCAUGAUUUAGCCUAAGGGAACGAGCAGUUCUGUGACAUGCCUGCGUGUUUUGUAUGCCAUCAAACUUUGGUGGAGUUUUUAUUCAUGGAUUAAUAAGAUUAAGAGGCACAGGGGGGAUUUCAGUGGAGCCUUCUGAUUUUUCUGCAGGAUAUUUGAAAAAUAAUUUCAUACUGAAUUACGCCAUUGUGUAACGUUAAGAAAUGAUUAAUUCAUGUUAAUAAUGCCGAUAUCAUCCGCAUUAAAUUUCGAGAUCGAUUUCAGAGAGAAGUUCAAUAAAUUAAUAAAUAAAUUAUUAUGAAGCGCAAUAAUAUUGAAAAAUGCUCGCCGAAUCCAACUUAUAUUGCCGCACUGCGAUCUAAUCGCACUAUCCAAACUCUAAUUCUAGUCGAUAUUAUAGAACAGGCGAAAACUAUAUCUGCAAUUUAUUGACGAAUCAUGAUGGACAAAUCUAUAAUAGAAUUAGAAGAAAAUUAAUUUCAAUAUUUAUUUUAAAACUGCUAUGAGUGGCCUAAAUAAAGUAUUUGUAGUGUACGGAGCAACUAGUUUCUAAUCGAGUGAAUAUCAGAAAAGUUGUUUGGAAAUAUGAAGUAGUUUGUUAGCAUUGAAUUAUUAGACAUCGGAUUGCUACAGAACUCUAGGCAGAUUCGCAAGCCUCAAACAAACUUUAUAUUAAAGCACAGCUCUAAUUAUUCCUUUAUUGGUGAUAAUUUACACACAAAACGAGUCAUUUGAAGCACACGUCGAAAAUCACGAUUAGUUCAGCUGAGAAUCUGCUGAUUUAAUAGCCUUGAUGUGAGCGUCUCCAUUAUUUAGCCGAUGAACCGCAAUGAAUUUGAAAGAUGAUACCUUCAUUAAAAAUUAUAAAUUACUCUAUGAUUCCUGUUAUCUUUAUAAAAAAUGAUAGAGUAUAUUAUGAUUGCCCUUAUCUUCAUGAAAUAUGAUAAAGAUGCUAAAGAAUUUUAUGAUUGUUGGGAUCUUCAUUAAAUACUAUUAAGUAUUUUAUGGUUUCAGCUAUCUUCAUGAAAAAUGAUAAAUAAUUUUAUGAUUGUUGUUAUCUCCAUUCAAUAUUAUGAAAUAUUUUAUAAUUGCUGUUAUCCUCAUGUAUCACAGUUACUCUAAUUUAAGCACCAGAUCCGUACGUGAUUCAUCUGAUGAAUUGACUGAAGAGCUCAAAUUUUGUGUUGCAGUUGAACUAAUUGUAAUAAUAAAUUAAUAACCACAUUUAUUAUGCAAAAUAAUGCUUUGAUGAGGAAAGAAAGGAUCAAUGUUGCUUGUAACCUUGGAUAGAGCUGAUCUUUUAUGCAAAAUUUAGAGGGUAAUAGAGAGGCGAUCUGUGCUACAAAAUAUAGAGGGGAAUAGUGGGGCGAUCUGUGCUACAAAAAAUAGAGGGGAAGAGAGGGGGCGAUCUUUUCUAUAAAAAAUAGAGGGGAAUAGUAGGGCGAUCUGUGCUACGAAAUAUGGAGGGGAAUAGUAGGGCGAUCUAUUCCACAAAAUUUAUUCUAAAUAGAGGGCAAUUUAUUCUUCAAAAGACACAGGGAGACUUCAGAGGUGAACUGUGCAACAAAAUAUAGCGGGAAAUUUAUUCUCUGCCUUCCUAUAAAAAAUUCAAGUGAAUGAGUUAAAGUGGUAGAUGUGUUUUAAGUUAAAUGGGAAACAGAAGGAUCGUCAAACGUUGUUAGACUGUAAUAUGUUAAAGUGGCUAAUGGUUAGAGUGAGCAGAGCGAGCAAACUCAUAAUGGUCAAUUUGGAUAGAUCGAAAUAAGUAAUAAUUGUUGUUGUGAACUCAACCAUAUCUCCACACAAAUAGGGGACUUCAAUAAAAUCAUCAUUUGCUUAAACUAAUUCAUAUUUGCAUACAAAUCUUACUUAGCGAAUGCAGGGGCAUAGAUUCCCAGUUUACAGCCUGAAAGUUAUAGUCUAGUACAAUCUCAGUUUACAAUCUCAGUUUACAAUGUCAGUUUGCAACCUCAGUUUACCCUAAAAUAGAAAACCUCAUUAUGAUUUUUUGUAGCACAGAAAUUCACAGGAAUAUUUUUGACAGCAACAGGUGCAAAAUGCCUCAGUUAAAGAAUUUAGCCAUUAAUUUCAUUCCAAACAGAAAAUGCAAUUCAACAUUUAAAUUUAGUAAAUCGAAUCUAAAUGUUCCUGUGAUCGGAAAUACAUCGGUGGGGGGAUUACAGGGAUUAAAGUCCUUGAGUAAUCCUGAAAUAGUUAAUACGAAAGGUAUCCUAAGCUGCAGAAUAGUGUCGCCUGGUAGAUGAUUAUAGAUUAACUCGCGCCCAAAUGAUUAUGUGUCUCCGGAUAUCGUAAUAUCAACCAACUUGUUAAUUGUUGUACAGACCGUUGAUGCAUGGGUGCUGUUGGAUCGCUCUCGUGACAUUCAACUAAUUAAUUCAAACAUUUUAUUAGAAAGAAUUCGUUCCUUUAUUGUUGUCCAUGAGCCAGAUUCUGGAAUGCACAUCGUCGCCAAGAAGUGUAUCUUUGAUAUAAUUAAAAUGGGACUCUUCUUAUGUACCUGGAAGCACGGUAAUAAAGGAACGGUAUUCUUCGAAGGCUUUAACAACGAAGCGAAGUAUCGCUUUAGUUUGUUAACGAUAAACUGUGAUACUGUAUAUUGCUUGUGUGCAAUUUAAAUGUGGGGUCAAAACCCUAGUUUUUAGGGAUGCCCUAUUCCCCUUAGCUGCUGACCAAGGACUAGUUUUGCUAACCCCUUAUUUUCUAAGAGCCGAGGAUGUCAACUAAUUGUUGUGCUAACAUAAUUCCUUUUCAAAAUGUAAUAUCAAAAUAUUGUGUAGCGGUAAUGAUUUCAUCAUCAAAAAUGUUUAUAGUGAUACAGGUUUAUGUAUUUACAAGAAAACUUCUUACAGAAGAAUCACCCUCGGCUUGUUUGGAAACUAAGAAGAGGGAAUGGAUCAUAUUGCCCAAAUCAUGACACACUUUCUUACCCAUAGGGACACACUCUACUCACAGCUAAUUGAUGCAUACUUUGGUCGCGUCAAACUGUGUCAGUAUGGUUACCACAAGGGCAAGGAAUGCAUCGUUUAUUUGUACAAAUUAUCACUGAUUUCUUCGAUUGAGUGGCGGGACUCAUUUUAAAAUGAUUUUCAAUUUUAAAAUCUAAAUUCAUUGAAUGCUAUAAUUCAUAUCAUUUGUGAAAGCAGUAGCGGUGUGAAAUCAUUUGAUAAUUUGAUUGUGCUUCAUGUGAUAUAUUCAUGGUUAUUCAACCGAGAGACAGAUUAUGGGUAACUGAAAGGAGUAAUUUGUUAAGGUAAAAAAUCCAUUCAACUAUUCUGAACUGAAAGCCUAAAAAAUUACAAACUGACUCCUGAGUACAUCACAAUUUUCUUUUUUUGUUACAUGCAAUUCAGAAUUCGCUCAAAAUUCAAAACAUUUUUUUUAAGUUGAGAAAGUAUAAUUUUAUCCCAUUGCAGAAUUCUGAAAGUCUUCCUAAAAUAUUUAUUUAGCCAACUUUAACGUCCGUUAUUCGAAAUCCUAGUUUCAAACUUCGAAGAGAGAAAUUACAGACUUUCAUCCUUUGCUAAAAUGUGAACACUAUGGCGGCUCAAUUUAAUAUCAUGAUGAGCAUAAAUAGCAUCGAAAUUGUGCAUAAAAAUCACCGAAAACUUGAGUUUUUUAGUUUAUCUUGUCGUAUUUUUUCGUAAGGUUAUAAUCAAUAUUGGUUGCAAUAUUGUCGCAAUUGACGAAACAUUCCGAUGUGUGCGUGCUUGUUUAGUUUCAAAAUGUUGAAUGACAUGCCUUUCUAUUGAUUUCUUGAAUGUCCAAUACAAGACCACGUCUUAUAUGAACUAUUAAUAGGAUAUUUAAUACAAUAUACCAUGUAUUUCUCUCACCUAAAAAGUAAAAAAUGCUAAAUAGAAGCCAGAUCAUGUUUUCAGAACAAUUAGUCGAUUACACGGUCAAAAUAGUGACACAUUCGUUGCACAUUACACUGAUAAAUUCUUUCAUCGGGCCAGAUUAACUGGGCCAAGACGACCCUGACAAAGGCAUGAUUGCUACGCUAUUUGUAACACACUUUUCUCUGAGUGACAGAGGCAGCUUGCAGCGAAUACGCUUUUAAUAGAAUUUGUUUGCAUAGGAAAACCGCAUCGCGUUGAGAAUUUCAGCUUUUUGGGAGCGAGAUAAAUAAGGCAGGUGGUAUUGAAACGAAGUUUCGUGUAGUUCAACUUAACAUCGGCUUGUAUUUUAUAUUACAUAUAUAGGCUUUAACUUCAUAUAAACUUUGAUUAUUUGCUCUUCGGCAAAUGAGAAUCCAUUUGAAUCGAUUUAUCUUACGUAGGAACGCGUAGUGAUAAUUUUACGCAAAGUACCGACUUUUGUACAUAGAAGCACUGUAAAAAUCUUAUAUAUUUCGAGUAUUAAAAUUUUCUUUCAUUUUC